UAUUUGCAGCCACACUAGGCUUAACAUUUUGUCAACUUAAUUUUAGUAAUAAAAAGUGUAUAUUCCUUACUCGAAACGUGAACAAUUGUCCCCUACAUUUUACUUAAAAUGGACGACAUACGCAGCAGCAUAGACGAUAUGAUGGACCGCUUUAACGACAGUAUAACCCACUCGGCACCCAAGAAGCUACUCUUCAACCGGCUUUCAGCAUCUUUUGAUCUAGGGGCUUCACCCAAAAAGCGCCGCUUAGAGCGGGAAUCACCUGACCGAAGUCUAAACGCCAGCGCCUCUUCCCUUAAUAGUUCCGCCAACGAUCCUUUGGGUUCCUUGCACAACAGCAAACUGCGCACCGAGCUGAUCGAAACCAAGGCCACAGUAAUCCAACUACGGAAUGAAAUCGAACAUAAGACCCGGGAACACAAAAAGGCCAUGAUGUUGGCUGAGAACAAGAGCACGGCCUUAAAGGAGCAGUGCGAUAUCACCAGCAAGAAGUAUUUGGAGAUGCAGGACGAAAUGAAGGCGCUUCGGAAACGAGAGCUGGCCUUCAAGGAUGAGGCCAGUCGGGCCACCACCGAGUUGGCCCAACUUAAGCUAAAGUACGAUGAGUCCAUAAUCAAGAUGCAGAGGGAGAAGUAUAUGCAGGAUGAGGAUGCCCGCGAUGUCCAGCUGUGCAUCAACAACGAACUGACCGAAUAUCGCCGGAUUGCCCAGCGGGCCGAUCUCGAGCUGCAGUCUACACGCAACGAGCUGGAACGUCUACGUCGACGCCAUGAAGAGUUUAAGGUUAGGGUUUCCGGAUUCGAGGAGCUGCGCGCCAACCACGAGAAGCAAACACAAAGUUUAAAGGUGGCUAAUGAUCGCAUCCAGGAGCUGGAGUUCGAAAUUCAGUCAUAUAACGACUGGAAGGAGGUGACUAAGACCUCACAGGAGCGUCUAGCAAGCGUUCCAGAUUUGCUUGCUGAAGUGGAGCGACUGCGCAUCCACAACAAGCAUUUAAACACUUUGAUAGGUGAUAAAUUGCUUCUGGAAGAGCAGGUCCAUGACUACAGAACGCGACUGGAUCGGGAGGAGGGUGCUCGGGCGGAAGCAGCUUCCCUGCAGGUGAAACUGGUUCACGUGGAGCAAGAACUCAAGGAAUGGGUCAAGGUGGCCCAGGAUCACUGUUUGGCCAACACUCUGGUCAGCCCAAUGGCCCUACGCUCGCGCAUUGAGCAACUACUAAAAGAAGACAUCAUUCACGUGGCAGAGAAGACUACGUCGGCUUCGGAUACUAAGCAUUUGCAGACCACAGUUCGAGAUCUAGAACAGAAGUGCGCCAUUUACUUAAAGAACAUCGAGGAUCUCAAUAUCGGCCUGAAACGUCACAAGAACUUCAAGGAGCGGCUUCAACGCAAAUUGAUCACCGUGUCCAAGGAGCGCGACUUCUACAAACAACUGGUGGAAAACUUCGACAAGGACAUGACCAUGAGCAAUGCCAGUGUGGCUGACAUGACGCAGGACAUGCAGGUGCGGUACCGAAUGGAGGUGCUUGAACGCACCGUUACCGGAUACAAAGACAUGUGUGCCACAUUGGAGCGCGAGAUUCAAGCCAUGCGGCAGCAAGAACUACUGGCCGAACCGGCCGGAGAGGGCUACGAUAGCGUGAAAAAGGAACUGGAUACGCUGCGGCUGGAAAACGAUCGGUUGCGUCGGCGCAAAGAGGAACUGGAGCUGGAGAUGAUGCACCGUUGCCUGCGGGGCGACUUCAACAUGAAGGACUUCAAGGUGGUACAUUUCAACGAAAACCCCGCAGCCGAAGCCUAUGAGUCCAGCAAGAACAUGAUGGAGAAGCUGCAGGCGGAAAUUGAACGACUGAAGCGGCGCAACAAGAAAUUGGAGGAUGAUCAAGAGCAGAGGCUCAAUGAAACCACCAGCACGGGCGGCAUGACACUGAACUUUAAGGAGUUCAAUCAGCUACGUGCAGACUUAGAGUCCGCCAAUGGCAAAAUGCGGAAGAUGAAGGAUUGCUUUAAGGCGGCUCGAGAGGAAUUCCGCGAUGUGUGCUACAUGCUGUUGGGCUACAGGAUCGAUCGCAUUGGAGCCAACAGCAACUAUCGCAUCUCAAGCAUGUUUGCAGAGGGACCGGAUGACUAUCUGGACAUCAGUCUGAACGAAUCGAACUGUUUGGCGCUGCUAGAGUCGCCAUAUUCCCAUACAUUCAAUCCGCCUAUUGAUCAGCAGCUGGCAGCAAGUAACUUUCCCGCGUUCUUUUCCGCCCUUACCCUAGAACUUUUCCAAAGGGCCACUGUCACGAUGACCUAGAAGAACAUUAUUUUAGUCUUAGCUUAAGCUAGCCGAGUUGAAAAUGUUUCUUGUCCACAUCAGAUAUACGAUUGGUUUUUUAUGCUACAAUAGUAAAAAUAAGCUUCCCCACGGACUGCAUUUGAGAAUGAAAA